AUGGCAGAAACAAGUAAUUUAAUGGCAAACUACAUCACAGAAAGACAUGAAGUUAAUCCAGCAUAUCAUCACAACGUAAAGGAAAAUGAAACCGAGGAGUCACUAAGCCAUUAUAUCUUAUCUACUACCGGAAAUGGAACCUUAACCGGUCGUAUGAAGGACGAGGGCUUAAAUUCGUGUGUACCAAUAGAGAGCUGUGAGAGUAAGACAGGUGCAUUGAGACAAGAUAUAAAGCGAAGGCCGGAUAUAAGGAUAUCACAAUACCACGAUAGAGAGUCGAAUUACUAUCAGCACCACAAUUUACAGGAAGAUUGUCGCACUGAAUCAGUUCAUAACAUACAUUAUCAAAAUCGUGAUAGCCAAUGUCCCCAGUAUAAUUUGCCGAAACGUUUUACCGAUGACGAUGUAUUCAAAAUCGAUGAGCAACAAGAAAUUGAAGAUUACAAAAACAACAAUACGCCAUAUAAAGAACCCAAGGAAUUCCAAACAUAUUCGGAUUUAAGAGAUGAUAGCAAAAUAUCCCAGGGAACAGAAAAACUCAUCGUUCCAAAUGAUAGUUUUUCAAACCAACAGCAUAAACGGGUACCUGCCAAAGAUCGUGUCAGUGGAGAAGGGCAUCUAUAUGAAAUACCCUUUCAAGACAGGAUUUCAGUUGUGGAUGAUUCCAGUCGCAAUCAUGAUGAGUUAAAAACCCGUAACGAAAUACUUAUUCGUAAUAAAGCGUUCCCGACUAUAAUACAAGUUCAUGGAGACGAGAGUGUAUUUUCAUCAAGUUGUUUUAUUAAUGAUGGAUAUGCUUCUGCUGAGAUGAUUCAAAGCGUACACAAUACAAAACCUAAGCAUGCACAACGCACUUCUACCAUAACAAACCAACAAGAUCGAUCAGAUUUCGUUGAAGUUGAAAAUUCUCAAGCAAUCGGGCAAACCAUCAUGAGUUCCAGAUCUGCUCAUGACAAAGUUGAUGCUUAUAAUGAUGUACAAACAGCUUACGUCGACGAAGGGAAGGGGGUACAUUUUGCAUACAAUCAAAGAGAAUAUAAGCAAACCGAGGUUGGUCAUUUCAAAGCGGGGUUGCAAGAACGAUUACCAUUUAGUAAGUCACCCAUUGGAACUGCGAUUCGCAAUGAAUUACGCCAAGACGCCGAAAUGCAAGUAAGGAAUAAUUCUGGAUAUUCUCUAAAGAAGAGCAACCUGGUUUACGAUAUGCAAUACAGAAGAAUAUCCCCAAGUCCUUUAAUACUGAGAACAAACUAUGACAGAGGAGAUGGACAAACUUCUGAUUCCAAAACAGAGAACCUUGGAUUCGCUCUUCAGGACCCUCCCAGAAAGAUUAAGCGACAAUUAUCGAUCGAAUUUGAAAGGAGAGGAACGUUUAUUCCUUCUGAGGAAGAUACUGUAAAUUCACUUACACCAAGUCAGGAGCCUGGAACAUCAAAACGACUGAAAUCAUCUACGUAUCAAAAUCUUCAACAAACGUCCAGUGUUCUUUCAGAUUCGCAUUACAAAAACGUUCCACAGACUGCGAAUGUUCCCUCAAGUUCACGUUUCCUGAACCAUGAAACAUCUACUCUGUCCUCAAGUCCACAUAACCAAAACCUCCAACAAACUUCGAAUGUGCCCUCAAGUCCACAUUACCAAAACCACCCAAUUUCGACCGUGGCCUCAAGUCCAUAUUACUCGAACCAUACAACUUCGACUUUGUCCUCAAGUCCUCAUAACCAAAACCUUCAACAAAAUUUAAAUGUGCCACAAAGUCCACAUAUCCGAACAUCGUCAGUAAUCAAAACUCCAUCACUAAAAAGUAAAGAAGAAAAUAUCUUCGUGUUUCCAGACACAGCAACCAGACCCAAUUCUCAUGAAUACAGAUUUCACGUCUCUCCGCACGAUAGUAAUGAUCGAUUGCAGAGAACAGAAAAAGAAUAUCUGUACAACCGAACGGCUUCUACAAUGUCUUCAGAACCAUACAGACCACCAUCCGUGACCCCACAGAAAGGUUACAAUUUGUUGGCAAGAAGCUCUGCUGAUCAAGGAUUCUACUUUGGCCAGAAAGUGUCCCCAGAAAAACGUGGCCCACUUCGAAGCCAAAGCAAUAUUGAGGAUCAAUCCCCAUCUAAAUUAAGCAUUGCUGAAUUGGAUAAAAUUCAUCUUCUGCGUUCUAUUUCUCUUCCUGUCAGCGAGCACGACCAACGAUUUAUCAACAGAUCUAUGGACAGACAGGAAUCUGGUUACCAUUUUAGUCACGAUACUGCUGCUCGAAGACAAUUAUUUAGAGAAAACAAUCAUAGGUUUGAAAGCAUUCAGCAUCCACAUACACAUACGUAUAAUUGUUGUAGUACCUUCUCCAGACGCCAGCCUCUAAACGGAGAUAUUAAUGAAAGGUGUCAAGGUGAUAUAGAUAUGACUAUACAAUGUACUGGUAUAGUCAGAGAGUGUCAAGACCUAUCUCAACAGCUCAAAUACCUUAACCAUACACAGCACCAUAAUAGGCAUUGUGAAUGUAAACGAGUCGAAGAUGACGUAUUGCAGCUAGCCCUUGAUGCCUACCGUAAAAUCCCUAAGGAGUGUUAUACACAGACUGAGCAAAGGCAACGAGACAAGGAACUCAAUGAAACCAAUUACAUGGUACUAGAGGCAAUAAAAGUGGCUCUGCGGAUGAAACAAUUGUGUAGUCAUGGUCGUUCUGUGUCUCGUAUUUAUAACGGCAGUGUAGUUAUAAGACUAAAUUGUCCAACUUUGAACUCAUUAGAAGAUUUGUGGUUGAAAUUUAAAUCCGGUGAAUUACAAACUCUUAUAAACAAUAUUUUCAUUACGCCCAGUAUUUUACUAAAGAACAACGCCAAAUUUAUUAAUCUAGGCGUUACAAUAUUAAAGGAUGAAUAUCGUGUGUGCCAAGCCGAAUUGGCUUCAAGUUUCUCGAAUGCUACAGUAAUUAGUCCAUCGAAAAAUGCAUCUCCUUUUAAGAGGUCUCCAGACAGAAGAGCAGCAAAGAGUGCCGAAGAUUUGUUACGAAUUCCAGACUCACCAAAAGCGAACAUGACUAAAACCCGCUCAAGUUCAACACCAAUACUUCUCUGUCAUUCGCCAUUAGACUCACCCAUGGAAAACUGCUCACCUAACACAUCUUCCAAACGAGAACGAAAAUUUUCUUUUGGUGAUCAAUCAAGGCGCGCAUUUCAAGACCUAAAUUCACCACGUUCACCUAACUUGUUUAAUUUAGAAGAGAUACGACAAAUUGUUGAAUCACCACUGUUUGAUCAAGAUGAAGACGACCAAGAGAACAUCAGUGCCAGUUUUCAGUCAAGAGGUUCAAAUAGUCGCCAUGGUUCACCAUAUUCCCCACUAGUCUCUCCAAAAUCACCACAUUGUUCUCCUCUAUCACCGAGAUACAGUCCCAGAUAA